AUUUCUUGCCACCCAAAACCCUGUUGCUUCCUCACUCCGCUCUCCAUUUCCCAAAAGGCUGCUCUCAAAGGUCAAACUCUCUCUCUUCUCUCUUUAAUGACGGCUGGGCUCGCUCAAGAAGAGGAGCACCAGUUCUUUCUCUCUACCCAGACCUUCUAACCCGGCCUCUCCUGCUUUCCUUCCCCUCUUCUCUCCUGUCUUCCGAUUCUAUAAAAUCCCCAUUACCCAAAAACCGGAUAAAAAUCCAAUCUUGGCACCUCUUGCUCCGAGAUCCGCUCCCCGGUUCCAAGCAGAUAUGCGGAGGACGAGAAACUCCUGGAUUUGAGCUUGUGGAUCCGGGGUUUCCGCGCAAAGACACCCUGGUGGCAGGAGGAGAAGGGGACGUUGGUUUGGGAGUGGGCAAUGGAGACCGCGUGGAGGCGAGCGAAGAAGGCGCUGGCGGCGAAUCUUUGCGUUUAUGUUCCGGUCAAUCUGGACCACGACGGCGGCUCGCCUUCCGGCGGGAGGUCGUCGGAUGCUGCGGCGUCGAAGGCGGCUCCGGCGUCGCCUUGGGGGACAUCGGAUUACCUAGCGCUUAUGCCGAUGACGCCCACCCCGACCUCCUCCGGCCUCCGGCUUUCCAAAUCCGGUAGCAGAUCGUCAAAGAGAACAUGUGCUAUAUGCCUUGGCACCAUGAAAUCAGGCCAUGGCCAUGCCCUCUUCACUGCAGAAUGCUCCCAUACAUUUCACUUUCAUUGCAUAGCCUCAAAUGUGAAGCAUGGCAACUGUGUGUGCCCUGUAUGCAGAGCCAAGUGGAAGGAGAUCCCCUUCCAGGGCCCCCCUUCCUCUGAGCAUCUUCUUGGGAGAGCGCGAGUAAACCCAGUUAACAGGCCCCAGGAAGAAGGCUAUAUGACUGUUGUGCGUCGGCUUCCUCGUGCAGAUUCUGCAAACCGACAGCACCACCUCACUCCUCUAUUCCACACUUCAGAGCCAAUCUAUUUCAAUGAUGAUGAGCCUCUAGACUUGCAGCCUGAUACAACUAAAGACUCCCAAUAUGGAUGUAGCAAAUCAGUAGAUAUCAAGAUAUACCCAGAGUGCUCCGCCAUUCCUCAGUCAGCCUCCCGAGAGAACUUCACCAUCCUGAUCCAUCUGAAGGCCCCAUAUGCUAUCACAGACCAGGUUUCUGGCCAAAACAUCAAUGCAAGCUCAACAGCCUCGCAAACCUCUCGUGCUCCUGUAGACCUUGUCACCGUGCUUGAUGUCAGUGGCAGCAUGGCUGGCACGAAGCUAGCACUUCUUAAGCGUGCCAUGGGGUUUGUUAUCCAAAACCUAGGACCCUCCGAUAGGCUUUCUGUCAUUGCCUUCUCUUCAACUGCACGCCGACUCUUCCACCUCCGUCGGAUGUCCGACUCCGGUAAGCAGCAGGCCUUGCAUGCUGUCAAUUCGUUGAUGGCCGGUGGUGGCACUAACAUUGCUGAGGGACUCAGGAAGGGGGCCAAGGUGAUUGGGGAGCGCAGGGAGAAGAACCCAGUCUGCAGCAUCAUUCUUCUAUCUGAUGGGCAGGACACAUAUACUGUUGCCUAUAAUACUGGUGGAACUCAGCGUACACAGCCAGACUAUGAAUCACUUGUUCCAUCCUCUAUUCGUGGUGCCACCAGCCAUCAAAUACCUGUCCAUGCCUUUGGUUUUGGUGCAGAUCACGACUCUGCUUCCAUGCAUGCAAUCUCAGAAACCUCUGGUGGGACUUUUUCUUUUAUUGAGACUGAGGGUGCAAUUCAAGAUGCAUUUGCUCAGUGCAUUGGUGGGCUCCUGAGUGUGGUUGUGCAAGAGAUGUGGGUGGGUGUGGAGUGUGUGCAUCCAGCUGUGCAACUUGCUCCAAUCAAGUCAGGCAGCUAUGCAAGUCAUGUGGCAGGUGAUGGACGGAGUGGAUCAAUUGAUGUGGGUGACCUGUAUGCUGAUGAAGAAAGGGACUUCCUGGUGUCUGUAAACAUUCCUCCUGCCUGUGAAGAGAUGGUGUUGCUGAAAGUCUGUUGUUCCUAUAGAGACCCAGUAAUGAAUGAGACUGUCAACUUGGAAAAUGAAGAACUGAGAAUUCAGAGGCCAGAGGUUGUUGCGGGCCGGAGCAUUUCAAUUGAGGUCGACCGUGAGAAGAAUCGUGUUCAAGCUGCAGAAGCCAUGGCAGCAGCGAGGGCUGCAGCUGAGCAGGGUGCCCUAUCUGAUGCAGUGUCCAUCCUGGAGGAGCGUCGAAGGAUAUUGUCUGAGUCCCUGGCAGGACAAUCUGGUGACAGGUUGUGCUCGGCUCUGGAUGCAGAGCUGAAGGAGAUGCAGGAGAGGAUGGCUAAUCGGCAGAGGUACGAGGCUUCCGGGAGGGCAUAUGUGCUAUCAGGGCUCAGCUCACAUUCAUGGCAAAGGGCAACGUUACGUGGGGACUCGACAGACAGUGCUACUCUUAUUCAUGCUUAUCAGACACCAUCUAUGGUCACCAUGCUAGAGCGAUCACAGACACUGAGUCCGUCUCCAUGGCUUCUCAACCCACCAAUCCAUCCGGUCAGGACCUUCUCAGAACAACCGCAGCCGAGGUAAUUAAGUUUACCAUUACUUUAAAAGAAGAACAAGGGAAAACAUUGUGUUAAUGUUUUUGUUCAUUACCUUCUUAUUUUGAGGUGGGGUUAAAUGGUCUUGGGGGCACACAAGAUGGGGAUAUACGCGAGGGAUGUAAAUGAAUAAAAUCUGGGAAGGUGGACAGAAAUGAAGGGUUAAGGUGAAAGGAGGUAAAAUGGUUUCUAGGGGAAAAAAGGUGUAGGUAUUAGCAUGGUUUAUCCGCCUUUUUUUUGGCUCUGAUGUUGUAUAUUAGAGAAGGUUUUCCCUAAAAUAGGGUGGUAUAGGCUUGUAAUCCUUGGGAAUACAUGGGGGAGCAUUCUUCUCUUGGAUAUUUAAUUUCUAUAAUAUUUGGCUAAUUCAUUUAUUUCAA